AUGUACACGAUUACCAAGGGGCCCAGCAAGCUCGUGGCGCAGCGCCGCACGGGAACCCCGAGCAGUUUGCAGUCGCCCAGCGAUGGGGGACCUGAGCGCAGGAAGGCGAGCCGGCCGCCCGGGGACCUCGAGGGCCUGGCGGAGCGGCACCCCGGAGCCCCGCUCCCGCCUCUCGCUGUAGGUGCGCCCGCUCCCUCCACGGCCCCUGCGUCCCAGCCUUGCUGUGCUGGCUCCUUCCGGCCCCGGCUGGCCGGGGAGGGUCUGCAGCCUCCUGGACGUCGUGUGCCCAGCACCCGGGGCCAUCUCCUCACGUGGAGCUCCCUGAGCGUCCCCGUCCCCCCACCUUGUCUCAGGCCACCCCGCUCAGGGCCUCCCUGCCCCGGCAUUCAGGAUGCUGUUUGGCGCUCGUCCCCCCCAGGGCCCAGGCUGGUGUUCAAUCGGGUGAAUGGCCGGCGGCCCCCUGCCACGUCCCCGUCCCUCGAAGGGGCCCAGGAGACCUACACACUGGCCCACGAGGAAAACGUCCGCUUUGUGUCCGAAGCCUGGCAGCAGGUGGAACAGCAGCUGGAUGGUGGCCCAGCCGGUGAGAGGGGACCGAGGCCGGUGCAGUACCAGGAGAGGACUCCCAACCCCCGGCUACAGAACUUCGUGCCCAUUGACCUGGACGAGUGGUGGGCGCAGCAGUUCCUGGCUAGAAUCACCAACUGCUCCUAG